AUGUCUGAUAGCGAGUUGCUGAUAUCGCAGGGCAGUCAGUGCUCGAUCCCUGACUCUGCCUAUUCGGGUUUAGGAGGGUUUGGAGAACCUACGAGAGCUACAGUUGUGCGUAACACACAGCUGUAUGGAUCGUCGAGCGUACACUUCUCAGGCGAACCCGAGUCUAUAUAUCGUUCUCCAGGAUUUCGUCAGUCCUCUCACCCCGUGACCCUAGAAGGGUUUUCUGCUCAAGACCAGUGCGUGGUCCGCGAUGUGUCCUCUGAUAAGGAGACCAAGGACUCUCGAUUUCAGGGAGGGACGAAAUCGAAGCUCAUGAUAUUAAGUGAGAAGUUACAGGGUUUCGAGCGUCAGAUGGAGUUCCACGCCAAGCAGCGUCGUAUGCAUGAGGAGCAACGUUUCCUUAACAUAAGCGAAUCUUUGAGUCGUUUGGACGAGGCCAUUUCUCAGGAGUCGAAACGUCGCAUGGAAACCAUAAAAGCACUGCACGGUAUAUUUGAGAGCCAGAUAGGCGCUGUUCAAAGCAAAGUUGAAGCAUUGUUUAACGACAAGCUGGAUCAGUUAGACAGCGUGGUGCAAUCACUGUCUGAGCGUAUUGCUGCCCUCAGCACCCAGUGCGAGGAGAACGAGAAGGUGCUUCACGACAACCUUGAAAACAACUGCGUAACACUGGAAAAGAACCUUGCUACGGUACAGAAGCUGUUUGAAUGCGAGAAGUUAUCACGCCAGGAACGUGAAGAGCACAUAAUGAAGCGUAUUUCCGAGGUUGAGCUUCAAACCGAGAAUGCCUUUGGCAAGGAAAUGCAAAACACAGAAAAUCAAUACCAGACACUGAAGAUUGAGUUCGAUAAAAUAAAGCAGCAGAAUGAAGAACGUGAGAAGGUGAUCAAAGCUUCAGUCCUGGAUCAGAUAGCGGCUUUAAGUAAUGGUCUGGCUGUUGAGUCCUGCGCACGUGAAAGCGCCGACAGCGACCUGACUCAGGCCCUACAUAGCUUCAUGAAAGUUAUCGCAGACGUUUCUAAGUUGCCCAUCAGCGGUUAA